AUGCAAUAUACAUUCAAUUUUUAUCCAGGGCCUCUUGGCUCAAUUCCUGAUACUGAUAGUCAAUAUUGGGGAGGUGCAGAUUCCGGUAUUUCGGGCGGUAGUUCGGGGGCCGGCAGUCCUACCGCAUCAACACCACCCCUUAUUGAAGAGAUCGGCGUUCAGGAAUCGAGUUAUUCACCUCUGCAGCAAUACGUACAUCCAUCGGCUGGCCGAUAUUACACUACCUUACCAUAUCUCCAAGGGCAACAGGAAACGUCACUCCAUCAUCAUCACCACCAUUCACACCAUCAUCAUCAUCAUCAUCAACAUCAACCUAAUCAUCGACGCGAGCAUGAGUUUGUAAGCACUCAGAUAAGCCAGCAGGUUGUUGGCGGUCAGCAACAUCUUCAUCAGAGUGUUCGCGAGAAUGGUGUUGUACCCAGGCCAAAGAAACGAAACACUGCUAACAAGAAGGAGAGACGAAGAACUCAAUCCAUCAAUAAUGCCUUUUCUGAUCUGAGGGAAUGCAUUCCUAAUGUGCCCUCGGAUACAAAAUUAUCCAAAAUCAAGACUUUAAGGCUGGCUGCGUCCUACAUUGGAUAUUUGAUGGCGGUAUUGGAAAGUGACGAAGGAGAAGAACCUCAAACCUUUCGCGCGGAGAUCCUUUCGAGUGGCAGAAGGAAUAAAGCGAUUCAAUCAAAUCAAAAUGAAUCGUGUUUGCAAUCUGCUUUAAAUCUCGGCAAUGAAGAACUGACGAAGAGUAAAGGACGGACGGGUUGGCCGCAGCAUAUGUGGGCCCUCGAAUUGAAGCAAGAAUCACCCAUCAACCAGAUGCAAUAAAAUA